UUAUCUGCCCCUGUCAAGGGACGUCACUCGAACGAAGCAACAUGGACGGCAACAAAAAGCAAUAUGGUUUACUUAUACCCAAGAACAACAAGGCAGCCUCCAUACAGCGAAGACCGAAUAUAUUUGGAGAUGACAGCGAUGAGGACACAGGCAAUGCAGAAGUCAACCCAAUGCAGCGAUAUGCUACCCAAUCCACCAAAGUUAAGAAACAGACUCAGAUUGAGAUUGACAAGGCGUUGUCAGAGGAUGCCACCGUGUAUGAAUACGACAGUAUCUAUGACAACAUGCAGUCAGAGAAGGAGAAGACCGAUGUCAAAGUCAAAGCGAAGGUGGAUAAGAAGCCCCGCUACAUCGCAGGUCUGCUGAAGCAUGCCGAGAUUCGCAAGAAGGAGGACGAGAGACGUGUGGAGAGGAAGGUGCAGAAGGAGCGGGAGGAAGAGGGGGAUGAGUUCGCAGACAAAGAAGCCUUUGUGACGUCUGCUUACAAGAAGAAGAUGCAGGAGCAGCAGGAGGAGGAGGAGAGGGAGAGGAAGAAGGCAGAAAUGGAGGCAAUGCUGGAUGUGACGAAGCAGAAAGAUCUGAGUGGGUUCUACCGUUACCUGUAUCGCCAGACUGCUGGAGGGGACGGUGAUGAACCAGAGAAUAAGGAUGAUAUAAAGAUCAAGAAGGAAGGAGAGAAACAGGAAGACGUCCAAGUGAAGAAGGAGAAAGUGUCUGAGAGUGAGGACAGUGACUCCAGUUCCAGCUCACAGUCAAGUUCAGCCUCGGAUGAUUCCAGAAGCAGAAAGAAAGUCCAUGCAAAUGGAUCAUUAAAGAAAAGGCAGACAUCUGGAGAAAGAAAACGAAGGAAAAGAAGCUCGUCAGGGUCUUCGUCCGAAGAGAGAGGUCACAGAAGGUCAAGGGACAGAGGCAGGAAAUCUCCAGACAGGUCAAAGUUGGACAGAAAAAAAUCUAAGAGAGAUAUCUCAAAUGAAAGAAGUAGAGGUGACAGACCAAGAGAUAGAACUGCAAAGGAGAGAUCAGGGUCGAGAGACAGAUAUAGAAAAGACCGCUCAAGGUCAAGAGAUAGAAGUAGAAAAGACAGAUCAAGAUCAAGAGAUAAAAGUAGAAAAGAAAGGUCUAGAUCAAGAGAUAGAAGAGAUAGAAGUAGAAAAGACAGAUCAAGGUCAAGAGACAGAGCCAGGAAAGACAGGUCAAGAGACAGAAGUAAGAAAGAGAGGUCAAAGUCAAGAGAUAGAAGUAGAAAAGACAGGUCAAGGUCAAGAGACAGAAGUAAGAAAGACAGGUCAAGGUCAAGAGAUAGAAGUAGGAAAGACAGGUCAAGGUCAAGAGAUAGAAGUAGGAAAGACAGGUCAAGGUCAAAAGACAGAAGCAGAAAAGACAGGUCAAGGUCAAAAGAUAAUAACAUACAAGAUCUAUCAAGGGAAUCAAAUGAAAAGAACAAGAAACAAAGGUCAGAUUCCAGUGAAAGAAAUGAUAGGUCAAGGUCAAAAGAAAAGACCAAGAGCAACAAACAGAAAUCAGAAUCUCCGCAGAGGAAGGUUUCUGAAGAAAAGUCGGUAGAGGCAACCACCAAAAGUGAAUCUGAAAGUGAGAGAGAGAGGAGCACAUCUCCAUUUACUGGUCCACAGCUGCCCUCAGACGACAAGGUUGAUAGUAAGCCUGAGGAAGACUUGAAACUGAAAUACGCCAGACACACAACAGGAGACAAGGCAACGGAGGCCAGGAGGAGGUAUCUGGAGAGGAAACUGGCAAAGGAGAGGGCACUAGGAAACAUACAGAGCUGAGCUUAGACCAUUGUAUGCAUUGGCAUGUGUAAAAUGUCUAAAGUUUAAUGACACCUUUGAUGAAUGCAUGGUUGAGGAGAGUAUCUGUUUGUGUAGUUUCCUGCAGAAAGUAACCUGUGAUGUUAUCUCUCUAUGUGAUGCCAAACUGGCAAGAUCAGUAUGUUGGGAACAGGUUUUACUAGCCACUUUAAUUGGCGCUGAAUUGGAUAAAUGUAAAACUUGUGAAAAUUCUAGCAAACUGAGAAAUUAUAAACAUUAUUUGGGAAAAUGGUCUGGUUUUGUACACAGUGAUUAGUUCCCUUUGAUCUUGAUGAGAAAACAGUUUUAGGGGACAGAUCAAAAGUUCUAAUUUGGAUAAAUAAACAUAAAUUCUAAAGUCAUUUACCCCAGAACUCUAUACAUAAUCCUCUGAGACUCUCGUGAAACAAAACAAUGCAGGCGUGUACACAGGUCCAUAAUGAUGUGGAAACUAGGCUCUGAUAUAGGUUCUUGCCCCAGCAAGAUUGGAUUAGAGCCCAAAAUGACAAUGAUUUAGUAGGGUCAGAAACUGUUUUCAACAAGAAUAUUUCUCAGGGAAAUUUGAUAUUUUCUGAUGAAGUAAACUUUUGUAAGUUGGUCAAAUUGAUGACAUCAUUAUCAUUAUCAACAUCAUCAUCAACUUUAAAAUUGUUGAUCAUGAUCAGGAUCCAGAAAUUGGUGAAGAGGGCAAUAGUCCGCAUUUAAAAAAAAUAUAGGUCACAUGUAUUUUUUGUGUUUCACAUCUCUCCAGCAUCUUUAUUUAUAACAAAAUGAUCACACGGAUCACACAUGCUCUCUUUUGAAUAUAUAUCGUUCUGCUUUGAAAAAUAGAUUUACAAAUUUUUGGUUUUUAUGAAACAUAAAUUGAAUUUGAUUGUAUUCACUAUUCAGGGAAGGGAUAUAUUUUGCUUUGGUUCUUCAUCUUCACAUUUUUAGUCUUAUUGCAAUAAAGAUUAAGCAGGUGUCUUAACUUAUCACAAUAUUGAUGGUAUGGACCUUUCCUCUUUUGGAAGAUGUUUCAAAUAAAUAGGAGCCAUUGGGCAGCAAAGUGUU